GGCGAGGCGGAGCACGCUGCGAGGAGGCCGUGGGCUCUGAUGGCUUCCGGCUCCCUGCAGCGCCCCACUUUGAAGGAAGCUGGGUUUUGGCGCCGGGGCUGGAAUGCUGGCCCGGCGUGCUCAUCGGGGAGGUCGCUGGGUCUGUGUGUGUGCGAGUCUGGGUCUGCAAAGGGCACCUGAGCCUGGAUCGCGCUAGGUCGCGUGCGCACAGCUCCUGCGGCGUGUGUGGAUGCGUGACCAGGGCUGGAGAGCCCGGACCCGUGGCACCCCAGCCGGGGCAUGGAAGAGUAUGCUGAAGGAGAGGGUCAUGGACUUGGUCACCCAGACGACCAUCCUGCCCCUGCUCUUUGGCUGCCUGGGGAUUUUCAGCCUCUUCCGGGUGCUACAGCGGAUCCGCUCCAGGGCUUACCUGAGGAAUGCUGUGGUGGUGGUCACAGGUGCCACCUCGGGGCUCGGCAGAGAAUGUGCCAGAGUCUUCCAUGCUGCGGGGGCCAAGCUGGUGCUCUGUGGUCGAAAUGUGGAAGCCCUUGAAGAGCUCACCAGGGAACUUGCUGGUUCCUCUACCUCCCAGGGACAGAAACACAAACCUUACACGGUGACCUUCGACCUCGCAGAUCCUGGUGCUGUUGCUGCAGGAGCAGCUGAGAUCCUACAGUGCUUUGGCUAUGUGGACAUCCUCAUCAAUAACGCUGGGGUCAGCUACCGUGGUGCCAUCAGUGAUACCGUAGUGGACGUGGACAGGAGGGUGAUGGAGAUCAACUAUUUUGGCCCCGUUGCUCUAACGAAAGCGCUCCUACCCUCCAUGGUCAAGAGGAAGCGAGGCCACAUCGUCGCCAUCAGCAGCAUCCAGGGCAAGAUCAGCAUUCCUUUUCGAUCAGCAUAUUCGGCCUCCAAGCAUGCAACCCAGGCAUUCUUUGACUGUUUGCGUGCUGAGAUGAAGCAGGAUAACAUUGAAGUGACUGUGAUAAGCCCUGGCUACAUCUAUACCAACCUCUCUGUAAAUGCUGUCACUGCCGAUGGCUCCAGAUACGGAGCUCUAGACAAGAACACAGCCCAGGGCAGAAGCCCCGCAGAGGUGGCCCAGGAUGUCCUUGCUGCUGUGGGGAAGAAGAAAAAGGAUGUGAUCUUGACCGACUUACUGCCAUUCAUGGCUGUCUAUCUCAGAACUCUGGCUCCUGGGGUUUUCUUCAGAAUCAUGGCCUCUAGGGCCAGAAAAGAACAAAAAUCCAAGAACUCCUGAUAUCGGUCAGCGCUGCUGGCCUGGAUCGGCCUGGUCAGACUGAGUACCACACCUUUCGGGGCUGGGAUUGCUCUGCAAGGGAUCCAUGGCUGAGGGCAUAUCCUGUUUAAGGUGGAUAGAGCGCUUCUGUGUCCCUGGGGUGGGUUAGCCCUUAAGAAGUAAAAUAUGGAGUUGGGCUGGGACUCUAAACAUGUGAAAUAAACGACUGAACGAAGA